UAUGUUCUCUUUAUUUUCCAGGAAGGGAACCACAAUCUCCAAAUUACUCAGAUAUGGUGUUCAACGUUCUACCUUCCCCUAUUCUCCUUCCCAUCACAAUAUUAUCGUUACUCAUUAUCCCUACCUCCACUCACUCCCAUAACACCACCACCUCUUCAGGCUACGAGUUUUGCUCUCUAUUCAAAUGUGGUAACAUUACCUUCCCCUUUCCUUUCUCCUCUCUUCUUACCUUCGGUUUAGCUGCUCAAGACUGUGGCCUCCCUGGCUACCAAAUCGCCUGCGACGAAUCAUCCUCUCUCUCCGGCAUCAUUCUUUCUGGCAGGCGUUACCAGGUGAAAAAUCUUUUUCUAUCAGAAAGAUUGAUCACCGUCAUUGAUAUGCAACUUAUCAAGGACUUGAUGGCUGGCUCUUGCACUUCGUUACGUAAUCUCACAAUAAUGGCUAGUGGUUAUAUUCCUCCUCUUAGCCUCCCUCCUUGGGCCACUAAUGUUUCUUUGCUUCAGUGUCCUGGUGAGCUGAAACUUCCUCAUGAAUUUCUUGAAAAGGUAGUGCGUAACUAUACUUGUAGAGGUGGCGAUGCGCUUUAUCUAUGGCAGAAUGGGAGUCAAUUUGAUCCACCCAGACUCAGCCCUUCGUUAAACAUGAAGGGUUGCAGUUUGAUCAGGAUUCCUGUGUCAAUGGCUAGCUAUGGGUUCUUGAUCGAUAGGAAUAGGAAGCAUAGGAUUGAGCUGGUUGAUGUGUUGGCUGAUGGGUUUCCUUUGACUUGGCCAAAUUUUGAGGAGUGUAAUAGCUGCAAUGCGACAGGUGGACGGUGUGGAUUUGAUGGUAGUUUAAGGAGAAUCGUUUGCCUCCACGAAAAUCAAUGUCAGAAGAAAUGGAUAAAGUGGGAGCUCAUUUUAGGUGUUGCAGCAGGAUGUUCAGCCACGGCUAUUAUUGUUGUAGCCUUGAUGAGAAAGCGAAUUUCAACUGCCUUGAUCAAGACAGAGAGUCAAAAUACAGGAGAAGGAAUAAAUACUAAACGGUUUAUUAGAACGUAUCGAUCAGGGUUGCUAACCAACUAUACCCACAACGAUAUUAAGAAGAUGACCAAAGGUUUCAAAGAAAAAUUGGGUGAAGGAGGAUGUGGAAAUGUCUAUAAGGGAAAUUUAUCAGACGGUCGCCUUGUUGCGGUGAAAUUGCUCGAAAAAUCUAACCACAUAGGCCAUGAUUUUAUUAAUGAAAUUGCCACCAUUGGUAGAAUACACCAUGUUAAUGUUAUAAGCUUACUGGGUUUCAGCUGGAAUGGUUCAAGACAAGCUCUCAUCUAUGAGUACAUGCCUAAUGGGUCACUAGCAGACUUACUAUCCAAUGAAGAGUUCUGUCUUUCGUUAGGAAUGUCAAGGAUGCUUGAAAUUGCCAUAGGAAUUGCUCAUGGAAUAGAGUAUUUGCACAAUGGUUGUGAGUCACGAAUCCUUCAUCUCGACAUAAAGCCUCAAAAUGUGUUGCUAGAUCAGAAUUUCAAUCCCAAAAUUUCUGAUUUUGGAUUGGCAAAAAUAUACUCUCGAAGUCAAAGCGCAGUGUUGAUGACAAAUGCAAAGGGAACCAUUGGCUAUAUUGCUCCGGAGAUUUUCAUGAGAAAUUUUGGGAAUGCUUCUCAUAAGUCUGAUGUUUAUAGCUUUGGGAUGCUGCUACUAGAGAUGUUCGAAGGGAAGAAUCGUAUCGAACCAGGCACAACCACUUCGAGCGAAGCAUACUUCCCAAGUUGCAUCUAUAAGCUGGUUGAGCAGAAAAACUUGGAGUCUUAUGAACAUGAGGAUGCUAACAUAGUAACGAAGAUGGUUUUGGUAGGCCUAUGGUGCAUUCAAAUAAACCCUAAAGAACGUCCCUCGAUGACAAGGGUGUUGGAGAUGUUAACUGGGGAUGCAGAUGCCAUUGAAGUGCCUCCAAAGCCUUUCUUGUUUUCUCCUCCUCGAUUGCAACAUGAGAUUGACAUUGCCUCCAUUGGUGAAAGUGAUAUCAGUGAAUUGGAUUUCGCAUCAAACAGUUUCGAGAUGGAGAAUACAUCAACAGAUCACGCAAGCUUAGGGUGCUGAAAAGUCUUGCCAUGGAGGAUCCAUGAGGGAAAUGCAAUGGAAGUAGACGCGUUUUGUGGUGAAGAAAGUGAAAACAUGUUGUUAGGUUAAAGCCAAUUUGUUGUGCCAUAUUCGAUCUCUUUGGUUUUGUUUUGGAUAUGGUGUUAAUUGUUGAUUCCAUCCCUCUGCAUUUACAAAUUGUGAAGAACUUAUGUAUAUAUUAUUCAGGGCCUUGUACCCGGAAAAAUAUACAUGAAGCACAGUUGCUCUUA